AGUCAUUCCGCGACUUCGACGGAUCGCGGUAGCGCUGCUCGUAUUUCUCUCCUCGUUGAAGACAGCGAACUGUCACUUCAAAGUGCGCGUUCAGUAUAGCAAUACGGUAGUGACACGGUUGCAAAUUCUGUGCUUCGCUCGCAGGACGUUCUCCCGCGUUUUCGCGGAACGUUGUCGUAAGUUUGUUUGCACAGACGUCUCUCCUGGUGACGCAGUGAUAUUCGACGUCCAGCAUUUCAUCCGGAUAUUUUUGCACGGUGAACCCUUCGAUUGUGCGUAAUGGAGAGACCGAGAAAUUUGUUGCAGCCACGGAACGUAUACAAUCGCAGAACCAGCGCGCGAUACUGAGUUACGAUCUGUGGAUUUCGAUUUGCGCGUGGAUUUGAUUUAGCGAAGCGAGUUGAAACGCGCGCGUGAUUUUCAACGACGAUUGAUCGUCCUCCGCUCUCCUCGGUUAAUUGCUUUCCGCGAUUUCGCGCACUUCGGCGCGCGCGAGUUUAACAGGCAAAUCGUAUCGCGUUCGCGCGCUCGCGAGGUCGGCGCGAGUGCCUCGUCGCUGCGCGCGGGAAUUAUAAUCGGCGACGUUACUCGCAAAUGCGAGCCACUUCGGAAGUGAGUUCCGGCGUCAUUCCCGCUCGACGACGGAUGUUAUACAGCUCGCUGAAAGAGGUCUCGCGCCGUUUGCGCCGUGUUACCCGGGACAAGGGAGAGUUAGAAACGGAGAAUUCCCGUUACGAUUUCGCCGGUCGUUUCCGCGACUCCCGUGCGCUGGAAGUGCAUUCUCCGAUACAAAGGAGUCGUCGACAUCGCGCUCCGAAGCGACUGCGGCUCUCUCGUGGACGAGCUUUGUCGCUUUGGAUGAAAGUAAGACGGACAUCGUAAGAGGAUUUAGCUUUAUUGCUGCGGCGGAUCUUGAAGAAAGUGGAAGUUAACGGAAAGUGAGAGUCUUCUCUUCUCUUUCGAGGCAGGAAAGAGAGAGGGAGAAAGAGAGAGAGAGAGCUGUUGACCGGUUCACGGCAUCGGCCGAUUGGCAUCGAUCACCGGUCCAGGGACAGACGUAAUCCCCUACCUCUGUGGAUCAUACGUUAUUUUAUCAGGCUUGUAUCUGAUAAGAUUGUUAGCGGGUUGACAACAAAUUAGCGGAUUAUCUCUAGUCCGCCUUCGCCAUAACGCUUGCCUUAUUGAAAAAAAGAAACCGACAUGGACACCAGUACGGUGCGCUUGGUCAUAUUUUUGGGCAUGUUUCUGGUUUUCGCCGGCGAUUACAGCGCGUUGAUCGCCUCGAUUUUCGGUAAUGCGACGGAGAGGAACAUAACGGACGCAAUGAGAGAACCCGAGAAGGCUCAGCUCAAAGGGCCUCACGAUAAGAUACCUGUGGUCUCGAAAAAAGACGUCGAUAAGAAUAACGUUGCCCUACGCCGUGCGAAGAUGAUGGCGACGAUCAAAACCGCUUGCUUGCCGAAGCUAAUAUGCGAACUCACCAAGUCCGUUCACCAAGAUCAGCUAAGUGAAAUGGAGCGAUCUCUUUUGAAUCUUAUAAGGGAUACAAGUCUGAGCACGAUGGCGGAAGUGCCGUCGAGAUACCACUUCGCCGCUCACAUGGGCCAAUUGAUUUCCGGUAUAGAAGGUCAAGGCUGUCAUAAUUUUUACCCAACGUGUCCGUUGCCGGGUAUCAGCGUUCUGAACAUGAUGAAGAAGGUCCGUCUACGCUGACGUGCCGUGAUCACCGCAACUGUCGAUAUCGACGAUUGCUGAACCUGUGAUACUGCGGACAUUCUCUUUUUGCUCGUGCUCUCGGGAGAUUACUGACAUCAUAGAAUUGAAUUCGCGCAGUGAUGACUCGCGUCAUUGAAGAUGUAAAUAAUGCGCAAGCCUUCAUUUAAAUGACAUAAUAAUGUCUAUAAGCCUUCUUUAAGUGACAUAAUAAUGUCAAUUACUGAGGAAAAAAAAUGACAAUGUUCUGCGACGUUUGACCUCUUGUUUAGAUAGUAAUAAAAGUUCUAGUUAGCAAACUGAAAUCGUAGAUUGUUGAGAUUAUAGAAAGUAUCUGAAUUAAUACUGUUGACGUCCGCUUUUAUUCCGAUUAAUUCCAGAAAAUUAUUCUGUCAGACUUUAUAACCAAUUGAUGUAAUAAUUUACCUUUCUUGAAUUUAAACAAUGACACAAGUAUGCAUAUAUUCAUGUACUCAAUGUUGCUAUUUAUUUAUUUGUGAAUAAGUAUUCAUGUUCCGCUUAUAUAUACUUUCACUCACUUUUGAUACGCCUGAUGACUCCGUAGAAUUUACUUUUAGAUUUUAUAUUUCCGGAAAUCCUUACGUAAGGCAUGCGUACAAUCGCUUAUUUUUAUAACGUUGUAUUGUUACACUGUAUAUAUUAUGUUUUAAUAAGCAAUAACGAAAAGAAAAUAAUAAA